AUGACAGAGGCCGAGGCAGUGUACCGCUACGAGUCCGGAUACAUCUCCCACAGCGCCAAGAAGGAUUAUGGGCCCUUGGAUUUCACUGGGCGCAUAGCCGGGGGAUUACGGCUCGACAUUCGCAGGAGGGCGCCGCUAUUUUGCAGUGAUUGGACGGAUGCCUUCUUGCCAGAGAACUUCCAAAAAUCGGUGUCUUCAAUCUUGUACCUGUUCAUAGCAGCCCUCGCCCCUGCGAUUACCUUCGGCAGCCGGUUCCUAGAUGGCACGAACGGCCAAUUCGGAGUGUUGGAGAUGAUCAUGAGUACUUCGAUUUCGGGCUUGAUCUUCUCAACAUUUGCGGGCCAACCUUUGUCGAUCCUUGGAGCUACGGGUCCCUUCUUGGCCUACACCUUGGUCGUCUACGACCUCGCCAUUGCAGUCGACAUCGAAUUCAUGCCAUUUUACUUCUGGACCUGCAUGUGGUGCUCGGUGUUCACGAUCCUCGUGGCGGUGUUCGACCUGUGUGCACUCAUGAAGCACGUGACCAUGUUCAGUGAGGACAUCUUCGCGGGAUUGAUAUCGUUGAUCUUCAUCAUCGACGGAGUGAGGCCAAUCAUCGAAAAUUUCACGGAGAGCAGGCUUGUUGUUCAUUUGGACUUUUGGAUGGGCCACAUACUUGUCCAGCUUCCGGCGCACACCUUGGACAUUCCGAGCCAUCCGCAACUUUGGGGCCAACUUCGCGGUCACCAUCGCCUUGGUUUCGGGUUCAGCAUGGCCGCCAUUUACUCGAACAACACGGGCCUGAGGAUGUUGCAGGUGGAUGCUGACUUCGCCCCGAACUUGAGCUUGUCUGAUGGCAGCAAGCGGCCCUGGAUCGUAAAUCCCGCAGGCAUCGACCGCCCGUUCCCGGCUUGGGGCAUUGCUUAUGCGGUGCUGCCAGCCAUUGGCUUUGCAGUGUUGGGAUACUUGGAUCAGAACCUCACCAGUGUGAUUGUGAACCGGCCAUCCAACAACCUGAAAAAGCCCCCUGCGUACCACCUUGACUUGUUUGUGCGUGGUGCACUCACACUUCCUGUUUGCGCUGUGCUGGGCCUGCCCCUGUCCGUGGCCUCCACGGUGCCGAGCAUCACCCAUGUGAUCUCGUUGACCACCUACGAGGUGCAGCAGCUUCCGGAAGGUGAGCGCAAGGUGCCUACCAAGGUGGUGGAGCAGCGCGCCACGAACUUCCUUAUCCAUGUGCUAAUUGGACUCGCGCUCUUCCUGGCACCGGUGCUGAAGUUCUUGCCGCGGGCCGUGCUGCAGGGC